AUGGCUACUUUUUCAAAGCUCUUAAAGAUGUUCAUAGUUUUGAACAUGAUGAUAUGUAUACAACACUUGGUUGUAAGUGGAAGAAGAAUUUCUACAGAAGAGGAAGAAGAUAUUGAGAUACAAGAACAACUUAAAAUCUUGAACAAACCACCGAUCAAAACUGUUAAGAUGAGUGAUGGUGAAAUUGUCGACUGCAUUGAUGAGAAUAAGCAACCUGCCUUUGACCAUCCUAUGCUCAAAAAUCAUAAGAUCCGGUCGACGCCUAGCUCUCCUCCAAAUGAUGCAAACCGUGGAGCAUCCUCGUCUUCAUCUCCGAAGAUGGUUAAGUUAAGACGUGUUAAAUGCCCGAAAGGAACCGUCCCGAUUCGAAGAACCAGUAAAGAAGAUUUAAUUAGAGCUAAAUCUUUCAUGGAAUCAUUUGAGCCAAUAAGGCCUAUUAUUAUUAAUCCAGACGAGGAAGUAGUGGAGCCUCCGGGGCGGCAUGUAGCAGCAUACCACAACCGUCCGCAAACUGAUCCACAUGUACAUGAACAAUUUUAUGGAAUAAAGGGCAAGAUCACGGUAGAGAAUCUGUCUUUGGGACUUAAUCAAUCUAGCGCAUCUCAAUUGUGGAUCGAGUCUGGACCUACAGAUGAUCUCAGUGCGAUACAGGCCGGAUUGCUGGUGUCGCCAACAUUAUUUGGAGAUGAUAAGACUCAUGUUUUCGGGUAUUGGUGGGGCUCAAACAAUGGAUGCCUAAAUAUCCGAUGCACAGGAACAGGAUUCGUGCAAACACACCAAGACUAUUAUCUUGGGGAGGCUAUAGAACCUGCAUCUCAAUAUGAUGGGGAGCAGCACUAUUUUGGAGCUUAUAUUCACCAGGAUGGCGGAACUGGGGACUGGUGGUUUACUAUGUACGGGGAUAUAAACGCAGACUUCGGUUAUUGGCCAAGGGAGGUGGUUCCUUACUUAGGUACUGGUGCUACAACAAUAUCAUGGGGAGGGUUAGUUCAAAAUACCCCACAUGAAAUAAGCCCGCCCAUGGGAAAUGGACACUUUCCGGAUGGCGACUUCAAAAAGGUUGCAGCAAUAUAUGACAUGCAUUUCAUGGAUGAAGACCAUAACCUCACAACGCCGCACGUAUGGAUGGAUUUCGGAAUAAGAGAAGACAGAGAAAACUGUUACAGGCUAACCCGCAAUGACUUUGAUAAUGAUCAUGGCUUUAGCGUAUCCUUUGGCGGACCUGGAGGGAGUUGCGAGUAA